AGAGAAUGGUGACGAUGAAUGAAAUGACCAGAAGGACAUACAGGAAUAAAACAAAUGGUACAAGAUAAUGAUCUGCUGUGGUGCAAGUGGAUGAUCAAUCAGGUAGUAACCACAUGAAAGAUGGAGGAGUACAAGGUGCUGGAGGCAAUAGGACAAGGUUCAUUUGGAAGAGUGUUCCGAGGAAAAUGCCUCCUUAGGGGGCAAAUUGUAGCUCUCAAGUUUAUUCCAAAAAGAAAUAAAGUAGAAAGAGAAUUAAAAAGUCUCCUGCAAGAAUGUGAAAUUCAAAGAGGUCUGGCACAUCCAAAUAUUGUUCGUACAAUUGACUCGUUUGAGACAGAAAAUGAAGUUGUGGCUAUUAGUGAGUAUGUGCCUGGCCAACUUUUUCAACUUUUAGAGUCCAAUGGUCCAUUAAGAGAGGAAAGAGUUCAACAGAUUGCUUGCAACUUAGUUUCAGCAAUUUAUUAUUUGCAUUCUCAUAGAAUUCUCCAUAGAGACAUAAGCCCCAAAACAUUUUGCUCUCAUCAACUAGUGAAGCAAAACUGUGACUUUGGAUCCUCCAGAAAAAUGUGCAUCAAUACCUAUGUAUUGACAUCUGUUAAAGGCACUCCAUUGUAUAUGGCACUUGAAUUAAUUGAGGAGAAACCUUAUGAUCACAAUGCAGAUUUGUGGUCCCUUGGGUGCAUCCUUUAUGAACCACUUCUUGGAAAGCCACCCUUUUGUACCACUUGUAUAGUUCAGUUAAUCAAAAUGGUGAGAAGUGAACCAGUCAUAUGGCCGGGAGGAUGGAGCAAGGAUUGUUCCACUUUUUUACAUGGACUCCUUGAGAAAGAUCCAAGCAAAAGGCUCACAUGGCCAGCUUUACUUGAGCAUCCUUGGGUUCAGGAGGGAGUAGUGUUUGUUGAACAUUCUCUGAAUAUAAUGCCUCUCACUGAUCCUUUGACAGUGUCUCAACACCAGCUAAAACAACAACAAUGUAAAGAAUUAGUAGAAAGAGCUGCUGGACAGUCAAGAGUGGCUGGCCAGUCUAACAUUAGAAAGUUGUCUCUAUAUCAAAAGAAGUUUCACCACAAAGACUUGAAUUGUCAACUUUGCAGGCUGAUAGAGCAGUGGAUGAUGUAUCUUUACCUCCUGCACCUGUAAGCUUUCCUCACCAGAAUGAGAGAAAGAAAAGCAUAGGAAUUCCUCAAAUAGAUGGUGAAACCUUAAAAAAGUUACAAGCAGUUCAUCUCCAAAGUGGCUCAUGUCAAGAGGAUCAAGGCUCAAGAUCUCCAUCUCCAUAUCAACAGCAUUACAGAGGAAGAGAGAAAGUGAUUCGAGUUUGUUUAGAUAUCUAGUUCAACUGAUGCAUCAGUUCAAAGCCUGAAACAGUGUGUACACACAGUGGAAGCUGAUGUCCACAUUAAUGGAUCCUCAAAGGAAUCUGUUCCAGCAGCUGGACAAGAUUAUGAACCUGAUGUUAAGAAGUGCAAUUGGGGCAUCAGUCAGGAAACUCAGCAGAAUAUCUCAGGAGCCAGGGUUCAAGGAAGAGGAUGUCAAAGACUUUCAGACAUAUGGACCAGUACCUCUAGAAGAUCGCAAAGAUAGUAUGGUCAG